CACACUGCUAUUUACACGCCCAAAAAUUUAAUAAAUUUAUAACGCUCUUUGAAAAUUCCAUAAUAAACGAUGAAGAAUCUCGAGAAAUGUGCGCUGGCUGUGGUCCUGCUCUGCUGUCUGCUGCAAGUGGGCCAAGCCAUCAAAUGCUGGGAUUGCCGAAGCGACAAUGAUCCAAAAUGCGGAGAUCCCUUCGACAAUAGCACACUGGCCAUCACGGACUGUCAGCAGGCACCGGAACUGGAACAUUUGAAGGGCGUGCGGCCUACCAUGUGCCGCAAAAUCCGACAGAAAGUCCAUGGGGAGUGGCGCUACUUCAGGAGCUGUGCAUACAUGGGUGAGCCCGGAAUCGAGGGAGACGAACGCUUCUGCCUGAUGCGUACCGGCAGCUACAACAUCUUCAUGGAGUACUGUACGUGCAACAGCAAGGAUGGUUGCAAUUCGGCAGGCAUCCAUCGCCUGGGCUGGAUGGGCGCUCUGUGUGGCACUUUAGUGUCUGUGUUUGUGGCGCACCUCCUGCGGCAAUAGUUGGAACGGGAUCUAUCCACUCCUGUAGCCAAUCCCAAUGCCUGAUUUCCACAAGACUGUCUUGGCUUGAAAAAGGGAAUGUAUUAAUGUUAAUGCUGAAGAAAUUAUGAUAUUCCUGCUUAUUCAACGAUUAAGGUUUGGAACAUCUAAAAAUAUCGUAUUCCAAAUGAAGCUAUCUCUAGAAGAUUUCAGCAUUAUCCUGUUCUUUGAGCCUAGGCAGUCUUUUCUUUGCAAUUCAAGUGCCUUUUCUACAAACGACUCGACUUUUUAUGUAACUUAAACCAAGGAAAACUAUUUCCGUCCAGAUGAAUCUUACGCACAUGACAUUCCCCAUAUCUUGUAAGCUCAAUCUUUUAAUCUCCACCACUUUGUGUCUUAUAUAACUAUAUAUAUAUAUAUUUUGUAAUGUGCGUUUAUACAAAGAAAUGCCUAGGUUUUGUAUGUCGCUUACAAGUUUUUAUUGUAACGCCAAGGACAAGUAGAAACAUUUGUAAUUGAAAUAAACGAUUUAUACACAAAUAA